AUGAAAGGCGUUGGGGGUCUCGCGCCGCCGCCCGUGGAGGAGGAGGAGGAGGAGGCCGCCGCCAGCGCGUCGCACCACCACGUCAUAUUCAUCAUCGAGCGGGCCUGCCUGGAGACCGCCAAGGUGGGCGCCAGCCACCGCCUGCUCAACUGCGACGACCACCAGAACUACAUCUCUAGGAAGGGCCGCGACCCGGCGCACUACCGGCCGGACAUCUGCCACCAGUCGCUGCUGGCCGUCCUGGACAGCCCCCUUAACAAGGCGGGGAAGGUGAAGGCGGUGUUCGUGCGCACGGAGAAGAACGUGCUGAUUCGGGUUAGCCCCACCACCAGGGUGCCGCGGACGUUCAAGAGGUUUUCGGGCCUGAUCUGCCAGCUGCUGUACAAGCUGAGCAUCAGGGCCACCAACGGGCCGGACAAGCUGAUGCGCCUGGUGAAGGGCCCGGUGACGAGGCACCUGCCGGCGAACUGCCAGGUGAUCGGGCUGUCCAGGACGGCGCCGGCGGCGCAGAGGGCGUCCCAGUUGGUGGGGGCCCUUGAGGACGAGAGGCCGGUGGCCUUUGUGGUUGGGGGCUUCUCUCACGGGCAGAUCGAGAUUCAGUACGCCGAUAGGGAGGUGUCCAUCUCGGAGUACCCGCUCAGCGCGGCCUGCUGCAUCGCGAAGCUCACGAGCGCCCUGGAGGAGAAAUGGGGCAUUGCCUGA